UCUCGGCAGCAGCAUCAUCGUCCCCGCCGGGUCCGGUGGCAGAGAGGAGAGGAUGGUCCAGUGGAAACGCAGCCGGGGAUGCGAGUGACAGUGACAAGAUAAUGGCCCUCGAUUUACGCAAGUUCCCGAACGUACGACUAGCGACCAAGUGAAAAACACCGUGGCAGGAAAACACUGAACCAUGUUGAUCUAAGUUUGUGACCUGUGGUGAACGGGGGAGGAGGAGGAGGACGAGGACGAGGGAGGCGCAGGCAGGCGGGCAGACGGGCAUCUGCCACAGCUCCUUUUAGGAGGCCCUUUGCAAGCUUGAAGCCAUGGGCAACACAGCCACCAAGUUCCGCAAGGCCCUGGUGGGUGGCGACGAGGCCCUGGCCUGGCAGCUCUAUGAAGGCAACCCUCAGUUCAGGGACGGCCUGGACCCGAAUGCAUCGUACGGAGAGCAGUACCAGCACAACACGCCCCUGCACUACGUCUGCCGCCACGCCAUGACGCGACUGCUCAGGGCCUUCCUGUUCAGUAAAGAGGGAAACCCCAACAAGCGCAACGUGCGCAACGAGACGUGCCUCCAUGUGCUGUGCCAAGGUCCACAGAUCCUGCUGCUGCCGGCGGGAGCGCUGUCGCCCCGCCUGGCCCGACCCCAGAGGGACGAGCAGCGGCGUGCCGACUGUCUGCAGAUGAUCCUCAGCUGGACGGGGGCCAGGCUGGAGGGAGGCCAGUACGAGAAGGCCAAUGUCAACGCCACCGACAAUCACCACAGCACCUGUCUGCACUCCGCUGCCGCUGCAGGCAUGAAGAGCUGCGUGGAGCUGCUUAUCCAGAGCGAUGCGGACCUUUUUGUGGAGGAUGAGGACAAGUUGACGCCGUGUGACCACGCCGAGCGGCAUCACCACACCGAGCUGGCCCUCAGCCUGGAGUCCCAGAUGGUUUUCUCCUCCUCUUCAGCUCAGCAGUCAAACACAGACGCACAUGUUGAAUCCAACCUGCUGCAAUACAAGGAGCCUUAUGAGGGACUGAAACUUCAGGACCUGCGUAGGCUGAAAGACAUGCUGAUUGUGGAGACGGCCGACAUGCUGCAAGCCCCCCUCUUCACUGCUGAAGCGCUGCUCCGAGCACACGACUGGGACAGAGAAAAGCUUCUGGAAGCCUGGAUGUCAGACGCUGAGGGUUGCUGCCAGCGCUCCGGUGUGACCAUGCCCACCCCGCCGCCCAGCGGGUACAAUGCCUGGGACACCCUACCCUCACCUCGCACCCCGAGGACCCCACGCUCACCACUCACACUCACCCUCACCUCUCCGACUGACAGCUGCCUCACACCUGGAGAGGAGAACCUGGCUUCGUGUGGAAUCUGUCUCUGCUCCAUCUCAGUGUUUGAGGAUCCAGUGGACAUGUCCUGUGGACACGAGUUCUGCAGAGCAUGCUGGGAAGGGUUCCUCAAUGUAAAGAUCCAAGAGGGUGAUGCACACAAUAUCUUCUGCCCGGCCUAUGAGUGCUACCAGCUGGUGCCAGUGCAUGUGAUCGAAAGUGUAGUUUCCAGAGAGAUGGACCAGCGAUAUCUGCAGUUUGACAUCAAGGCCUUUGUGGAGAACAAUCCUGCCAUCCGAUGGUGUCCUGCAGCACGUUGUGAGCGGGCGGUCCGGCUCACCCGACCAGGCCCCGGGGACAGUGACCUGCACAGUUUCCCUCUGCUGCCCUCCCCCGCCGUCGAUUGUGGCAAGGGUCACCUAUUCUGCUGGGAGUGCCUUGGUGAGGCCCAUGAGCCAUGUGACUGUCAGAUGUGGAGGAACUGGCUCCAGAAAGUUACAGAGAUGAAGCCUGAGGAGUUGGCAGGUGUGAGUGAGGCCUAUGAAGAUGCUGCUAACUGCCUGUGGCUGUUGACCAACUCAAAACCGUGUGCCAACUGCAAGUCGCCCAUUCAGAAGAAUGAGGGAUGCAACCAUAUGCAGUGUGCCAAGUGCAAGUAUGACUUCUGUUGGAUAUGUCUGGAGGAGUGGAAGAAGCACAGCUCCUCAACAGGAGGCUACUAUCGCUGUACUCGCUAUGAGGUCAUCCAACAGAUUGAGGAGCAGUCCAAGGAGAUGACUGUGGAGGCAGAGAAGAAGCACAAAAGUUUCCAGGAGCUGGAUCGUUUCAUGCACUAUUAUACUCGCUUCAAGAACCAUGAACACAGUUAUAAGUUGGAGCAGAAAUUGCUAAAAACAGCCAAAGAGAAGAUGGAGCAGCUAAGCAGAGCGUUCUUUUGCCGUGAAGGAACUCCUCCAGACACGCGUUUCAUUGAGGACAGUGUGAGUGAGCUGCUGAAGACGCGGCGCGUCCUCAAGUGCUCUUACCCAUACGGCUUCUUCCUGCAGCAAGGCAGCACCCAGAAAGAGAUAUUUGAGCUAAUGCAGACGGACCUGGAGAUGGUUGUGGAGGAUCUGGCCCAGAAGGUCAACCGACCGUACUUAAGGACUCCCUGUCACAAGAUAAUCAGUGCAGCACGUCUGGUGCAGCAGAAGAGGCAAGAAUUCCUGGCAUCAGUGGCCCGUGGUGUCGCGCCCAACGAUUCUCCGGAUCCUCCUCGCAGAAGUUACCCUGGAGGAUCAUGGGACUGGGAGUACCUCGGCUUUGCCUCCCCCGAGAUGGGGAGUCAUCACUCUGUACUGGGAGCAGCAGAUCAAAGAGAGAGACUGUCCCAGGAUUAUGCUGACAUCCAGUACCGUCGGAGACACAGACCACGGCGCAGAGGAGACAUGCUGAGUCUGCACAACCUCAGAAGCAGCAGCAACACACCAGAAACCAGCAGGAGGAGUGACAACACAGAAAAUCUAGAGAGAGGUGAGGGCCGCAGAAGAGUGCUGGGCUUGCUGGAUGAAGAUGAUCCAAACAUCCUGCUGGCCAUCCAGCUGUCCCUUCAGGAGUCUCGCAGAGAGCGAAUCCUGGAGGGAGGCCCGGAGGGAGGGACGGAGGGGAGAGUGGAGCUGGAUAGAGGACAGGAGAGGAUGCGGCGACCUUCAGGGGACAUGGGUGAUGUUGCGCUGCAGUCUCUCAACACAGACGGUCCUUCAGGAGCAAGACGCUCCUCCUUCCCCACUUCUCUCCUGGAGCCUCCUCGCCCCCCGAACAGGACAGACUCCACCUCUCAGCCUCCCACGUCCAACUCCCUCACCCUCCCUCCCCCUCCUCCCUCCCUCUGUGCAGAGCUGCUGGAGCUUGGAGACAGCCUUAUGAAACUCGGGAGCAUAACCACUCCUUAUGACCUAGACACACACACGCAGGCGCAGCUCUGCUCUCACCACACAUACAACCACAGUACUCUCAACGCUCCCUACACCAUUGAAACUGCUUACAGCGACUUCAGCCAUAGACCAGACCAGAAUGCACUGAACACUCCAUAUGUGCUUGACCAUAUCGCCAUUACAGAUCCCAGUAACAGCAACUCCAGUGGUGCUUUGGCUGAGGCUGAAUACGCUGCCUCUUGCGCACUUGAACGCACCCAAAACCCUGCCCAUACAAGUUCAUGUCACCGGGAACAUGACAGUACCCCAAAACCAGACAUCUCUUACAACCCCUGUCCCAAACACAGCAGCUCUUACACCCAGGAGCGUCCUGCCGCCUACGCUCUCGGACGUCCACCCAGAUCAGCCCCCCAGCCUCUUGUCCAGUUGUGCCUCCUGUCUCCAGAGCUUGAGCCAGAGAUGCUGCUUUCCCCGGUGAUCCCCCCAGGGGGCCCUUUCACUCCCAGUGACCCUCAGAGUCUGGAGCCCCUGGACCCAACAGCCAGUGCCCAGCUGCUGGACAACAUCAUGGCCUGGUUUAACAACAACAUUAACCCCCAGAACAAUCCCCAGAGCCUGGCCCUCAUCCCCUCUCCGCCCACCACAGAAACUGACUCCUCCCCUGACACGCACGCUGAGACUGAGUCCGAGAGCCAGACCUCCAAGGACAAUAGCCGCGCCCGUCUCUGGCAGCCCCUGGAGGGCGAGCCAGAAGCAGACAGAGGGUCGGCGAGUGCCUGUCUAGGUGCAGUGGGCUCGAAGACGUCGAGGCCCAGCACUCUGGAGCUAGAAAAAAGAGAGAACAGCGAGGAGGGUGUGGACGCAGGGUGUGUGUCUGAUCUGUUGCUGGACGAAGCGCACACACACCCGUGGUCACACUCCCAACAAGGACACAGUCCCGCACACACUGCCCCAGGCACAGAGAGAGACUUGGACCUCAUCCUUCAGUUGGAGGGAGACCAAUCACCUGAGGAGUGGGAGGAGCAAGUACACCUGGUGUGACAGCGACAGAACGAUGCAGAGAGGUAAUGUUAGGCCAAGUUCAGGAAGAGAGAGAGAGGUGAGAGAGGAAAGAAAAUCAAAGACUGGGAAAACUAGAAAGAGUAAAAUGAUAAGAUACAACAGUGAAGCCUCAAUGAAGCCUUCCUGUAUGUAUUGUACUGUAUUUAGAGAGGACAUAGAACCCUGGGGACUUUGUCCAGUAAAGAUGAUGUCAUACGCAGACCUUUUCUUUUAAGUGCUUUUGUCUCCUCUAAAAACAGACAAACUAUUCUUUGAAAGAAUUUCGUUUUUUAAUCAAAGUACAUGAAUGGAAAGCUACUGAUAUCAUAACACAAAAUGCUGCACAUGUUUUUGUUUUCUUAUUUUAUUUAUUCCCUGUAUUUGUCUCCUCAGUUAGUUCAGGUGCUGAUCGUGAUGAAAUCCAAACCGACUUCACUUUAAUGAACACACCGACUCAACCACAAGCUUCCUGGAGCCAAAUAUGAUGAUAACUGUAACCAUGGAGCUUGUUUAGCGUAUUGUACAAUCAGAGGGCCUCAUUCAGAUUGUUGGACCUUCAUGCACACUGUGCCUGUUUUGUGAGUGAGCCAACACGGAUGUUUCCUUUUGGCAGGCUGUAAAGAACGACGAUGUACGCGAUACGAUAUCACACUAGUACAACAUGCUAUCUGGGUUUUAUGACGGUUUUAAUUCUUUCCAGCGAUCACAGAAAAGAUAUCGUCUUGUCCCUCUGCACAGGGAGGUCAGAGGUCUCAGCUAAGAGUCUAGGAAUUCAGAGUCUUGCUCAAAGGCACGACAGCAUCACGGGGUCUUGUUGUUCGGGGAAUUAAACCCUCUAUCUUGCUCACUGCACUACCCUGCUACCCAUUCCAUUAAAUGAUCUGUCUACGAGCCUGAGAUACGCUUUCAUUUAAGCGUCAUCCAUAUUGCUGUAUUGUACACCUGCUUUGGCUCAGUUUGAAGUGUCAGUGCAAAAACUGUUUCACCCAAAAUGCGAUUAUAUCAAUAUGGAUGUUUGCCUCAAAUUUCACAUGAAAACAUCUUUAUCAAAUUAGGUAUCACAGCACCAUACUAUUGUACAUCGCUGAAUUUGAAUCACUGUUGCAUUCUUUUAAAACAAUGCCAUCAAACAAAUCAAUCAUCAAAACAAAGUAUUUAUGGAUCAGCCUCGAUCCAAUCAUGUGUGAUUGAAGAAAUAGAGAUAAGAACAGCUGUGUUACUGUAGAUAGAUUAAGAAGUCUAGAGUCUAACGUUACACCACAGUAAGUCUUAUACAUUAUUGGUUGAAAUGGUAAACAUUUAUCAUAUUUCCAUUUUUCACUUUGUACAUUGACAACUGAGCCAAAACAAUCCGACCGUACCGUCGAUGAAAACACUCACUUUGUUUUGUUUUUACAACUUUAUCAUGUUAUUCCACUGAAGCCGAGGACAGCGUGCUGUUUGAUGGGUUGGGAUUUACUGUAAUGUAUCCUCUUUUAUUUCAUUAUUCCUUGAUGGAGAUGAUUUUUUUCCUUCCAGUUGAGACCAGAGUUGUUGGGUCUGUGUGCCUUUUUUGUUUCAAUCGUAUUUGUUUAUUUGUUGGUAUUUAUUACUGUCAUUGCUUUUUAAACAUGCAAAACAAAGUUGUCAAUGAAAGAAAUGGAGAACACACCACUUACACCGAGGUUCUUGAUGCACAUUAGUAUCGCUUGUCCUCACACCACAGAUGUAUCUUGCUUUACCUUUUCCCCUGAGAACAACUAAAUUGGAGAUACGUGAUUUGUCAAUUAUUUACACUUUAGUGUUUCUGUUAUAACUACGGAUGAUUUUAUCUUUAAGUUGUUCAAAUGUGGCCUUUGAUUAUUCUAGAAAUGUGAUGUAGCACUCUGAAUCUUGGGUUAUCACUCAGCCUUUAUCUUUAAACCUAAUUUCCCAACUGGAAUGUUUACAAGAGAAUUAAACACUGCCCGCUGUGUGGAGAUAUGAUCUGGUGCUGCUGGGACUGAACUCCUAAUAAUCGAGUGUUUUUAAUCACACUUCCAUGCCAAGUCAAACAAAUGUAAAGGUAUCCUAAUUUAGUUGAAAUCUCUCCCUCUACUUAACUGUGCCAGUUAUCCAGAAUGUGAUUUGAAUAAGUGCAUUACUUAUAAAUGAUUGAGUUUGAGAUUGUGUGAGGUGUGGCGUGCUCCACCGAAGUGACAAAACCCCUCAAAUAUCCCCUUUUCCUUUCUGUAUUCAACAUUAAACUGUGAAGGUGCUGGACAGGUUUUAAGUGCUGAUGAAGACAUUCCAUUCGCUGAGAUGUGAGGGACACUGGUGCCGCCCAUAAACAUUUCACUUAGUCUUUCUUGGGGAAUAGUUUAAUCUACUUCUUUGAGGUCGCUACAAGAUACAAAAUGGAGGAGUCUGGGGUCUUUGAAUUUGCACAAGCAUGCUGAUAAUGUGUUGCACUAAUGCAGGAUGGGCAAGAUGUGGAGGACUGAUGAGUGGCUUUUAUUAUUAUUAUUAUUUCCUUUUUUUGUUUUCUUGAUUUGGAAUUGAAUUUAUGUUGUCAUGGGAGUGGUCCUGUAUCAUUUUGUACACCUUAUGUUUAUAUUUUAAUGAUCCCUCAAACAACUACUUCAGAAUUUAAAAAAAUAAAAGAAAUUGCACUCGCAUAGAACAUACUUGAUACAUUCCCAGUCAGUCCAGAAGAGAGGUUUGAUGUGUGGCCAAAACUGUAAAUGAAAGUGUCAGUGUAAAGUUCUAUCAAUAAAAACAACUGAAAGAUU